AUGAGCUCCUCGUCUGCUGGUGAACAACAAGGAGGGAGCGAUGAAGAGGCUGCUCUGCUACAACAUGUACUGGCCACCACCACCGAGCUGUCGGCGCAAGAUUCUCAAAUGCUGGAAGACGUCUUGACCAAACGACGCGCGCUGGAAGGACUCCAUCGCAACGUCACGCCUCCGUCUCCUCCCACUAGUACUGGUACUGCCAUUGUGCCAAAGCCCAAGCAGGCCAAGCGAUCCGUUUCCUCUGAUACGAUGCGGUCUCCGCGGCAGGCACCACCUAUGCGACGCGCCCAGACUGACACUCUCAAUCGAGCCCACAAGGCCAGAACAGUCCAUCAGGAGAACGAAACAACCAUUCCAGAGGGAUUUAGUUCGGAGUUUCUCAUGGACAUCGUGGCAGAACGAGCAUCAUCGAGCACCACCGUGGACCCAUUCGCAUCCCAUGCAGACACUGCGACGGCUAUAUCCGCUGACGAAAUGAUGAGGAACGAAAAAGUGGCGGCCUUUUCGGGCAUGGAGCCAGACAAAAGGCAAAUUAGUACUACUACUGGUACUAACAUAUUACCAAAGCCCAAGGCCAAGAGAUCCGUGUCCUCUGAUACAACACGGUCCCGGGCAGGCCCACCAUACGACGGCCCAGACCGCACUUUCAAUCGAGCCCACAAGGCCAGAACAGUCCAUCAGGAGAAGAAACAACCAUUCCAGAAGAGUAGUUCGAGUUUCUCAUGGAAUUGUGGCAGAACGGCCUCAUCGAGCACCACCGGACCCAUUCCAAGCCCAGCAAACACUGCGAUGGCUAUAUCCGCUGACGAAAUGAGAGAACGAAAAAAUGGCGGCUUUUCGGCAUGA